ACACAAUUGUGCAUACAUAAUCAAUAAUGGGGGACAAUGUGACAAAGCCAUUCGACAGCGACAGUGAUCAUUCUAAUGUUGCUAAAGAUCGGACGACAUCGACGGUGAUUGAUAUUGAACCAGAAACUGAAAGCGAAUCCCCCAGCGUCCCCACACCCGCAUCUACAUCACUGUUCCAAUCCGAGUCCGACAUAAUGGCCAAUUUCGACGAUACGUUGCAACGCGCCCGCCUCGCAUUCGCCAGCGGCAAGACCAGGAACGUAAGCUUUCGUCGCAAGCAGCUGGAGAAUCUGCUGCGUUGCUAUGAGGAGAACGAGUGCGACAUUAUUAGUGCCUUGGAGGCGGAUCUGCGCCGCCCCAAGCAGGAGAGUCUGAUCGUGGAGACCGAAUUCAUGAAGAACGACAUCAAGCACAUUCUGUACCAUCUAAGUGAUUGGGUCAAGGCAGAGAAGCCCUCUAAGUCGAUCAUUAAUGUGAUGGACGAUGUGCAGAUCUAUAACGAUCCCUUUGGCGUUGUCCUAGUGAUUGGUGCCUGGAAUUAUCCGUUGCAGUUGCUGCUUGUCCCCGUGGCCUCUGCCAUUGCCGCCGGUAACUGCGUGGUGAUCAAGCCCAGCGAGAUCGCCGCCAACUGCGCCAAGUUUAUUGCCGAAGUCAUUCCAAAAUAUCUCGACAAUGAUUGCUAUCCAGUGGUCUGCGGUGGACCCAGCGAAACGGCUGAGCUGCUCAAACAGCGCUUCGACUACAUCUUCUACACGGGCUCCACCCGCGUCGGCAAAAUCAUUCAUGCGGCGGCCAACCAGCACCUGACGCCCACAACCCUGGAGCUAGGCGGCAAGAGUCCUUGCUACAUUGACAAGUCGGUGGAGCUGCGCACAGCUGUCAAGCGUAUCCUGUGGGGCAAGCUAAUAAACUGCGGCCAAACCUGCAUUGCCCCCGACUACAUCCUCUGCUCGAAGGAGAUGCAGGACAAGUUCGUGGCCGAAGCCAAGGACGUGCUCAAAGAGUGGUACGGCGAUAACAUUCAGAGCAGCCCCGACCUGAGCCGUGUCAUCAACAGCGGCAAUUUCCAGCGCCUGCUUGGGCUAAUGAAGUCGGGACGCAUCGCUGUGGGCGGUAAGUACGAUGCCAGCGAGCGUUACAUUGAGCCCACAAUCCUGGUCGAUGUCAAGCCCCACGACCCCAUUAUGGAAGAGGAGAUCUUCGGCCCUAUCUUGCCCAUCUAUACCGUGGAGAGUGCCUACGAUGCAAUCAAGUUCAUCAAUGCCAGAGAGAGUCCACUUGUCCUGUAUAUUUUCACAUCGGAAACAGAGGUUCAAAAUCUGUUCGUAAACGGCACACAAUCGGGCGGAAUGUGCGUGAAUGACACGAUAAUGCAUUAUGCCGUUGAUGUGCUGCCCUUCGGGGGCGUUGGCAUGAGCGGCAUGGGCUCCUACCACGGAAAGUACGGCUUUGAUACCUUUACACACAAGAAGUCGUGUCUGGGCAAAGAUCUGUCGGCGUUCGGUGAGAAGUUGGCCUCAGCUCGCUAUCCCCCGUACUCAGAUCGCAAGGGAUCGUUCCUGUCGUUCCUGCUGCGCAAGCGCCGACCUCUGCCCAAUUUCUAUCUGACGCAUGUGCUGGCCAUCGGCCUGGGCGUAGGUCUGACAGUGCUGGCCAACUAUUACCUACAGGUAAGAAAGGGUAAGCUGUUGUCGCGUUAGGAUCGAGGGCGGAUCCGAGAGACCUUCACGCCGUAAGCCGAACCAGUGGACCCAACCGUUUAGAUGUGGAUUUGUUUGAAAUAAAUGUAUACUCAAAGAUUA